GCCUUUGGGUGAGAAAUUAUCUGAUGGGCAGUGCCUGGCUGCAGCUGGUCUGUGAGCAGAGAUACUUCAGGUGGUGGUACAAGAAGACCCGCAUAGAGAAGAAAUCUGCCUUCAUUGACCUCUUGUGUGCCGUUCCUCUGCAGCAGAUCUACGGGUGCCCGCUGGGCGGGAUCGGGGGAGGCACCAUCACCCGUGGCUGGCGGGGCGAGUUCUGCCGCUGGCAGCUGAACCCUGGUAUUUAUCACUAUGAAACGGUCAUCGCUGACCAGUUCACGGUGUGCCUGCGUUGCAAGGGGCAGACAGUUUACCAGCAGGUCCUGUCUGUGGAGAGACCUAGCACUCUGCAGGGCUGGAACUGGGGCUACUGUGGCCACUAUGCCUUCUACCAUGCCCUGUACCCCCGUGCCUGGAUGGUCUACGAGCUCCCAGGGCAAAACGUAGUGCUCACUUGCCGCCAGGUCUCUCCCGUCAUCCCCCAUGACUACAAGGACUCCAGCCUGCCGGUGGGAGUGUUCAUCUGGGAGGUGGAGAAUGGGAGGGAUGAGGAUGUGGACGUCUCCAUCAUGUUCAGCCUGCAGAAUGGCACGGGAACGAAGGAGGACAGGAGCGGAGGGCAUUGGAAUGAGCCCUUCGCCUUCGAGAAGGACGGCGAGCGGGUUGCUGGAGUCCUGCUGCACCACUGCACACGCGUGAACCCCUUCACUCUCGCCAUCUCUGCCCGGGAGAAG